AUGGCCUUGCUCGAUGGUGUUCUCAUUCUACGUGUGAUUAUACAGAAACGUCGAUUACAACAAACACCAGGAUGGAGAAAAUAUCGAAAACUAAUCAUACAGUACAUUCUUGUUAAUGGUACUUAUCUAAUCUUUAAUAUGCCUUCAACUCUAGUUCAUCUUGUACAGCAAUUCGGGAUGAACAAAUGGGGUAACGAUAUCGUCAGUGCAUACUUUAAUCCAAUGACAGAUAUUCCAUCAAUGAUUGUAACCUAUGCCGUUCUUGUAACAAUGCCGAAUCUAAAACAAAAACUUCGAGCAUUGGUUAUCUGCAAAAGAAAUCGAAAAAACGUCGUUACAGCCAUUGCAAGAACUUGA